AUGGGGAUCUUCAGGACGGCACUAUUGACGACCGCUUGGGGCGUGGCGGGCAGCGUGGCUGGCCUGGGCACGGGCAUGGCCUAUUUGGCCGCCAGCACCACCCUCGUCGACCUCGCCAAGGACGACCCCAUGUUCCGGACGAAGACCUGGGCCAAGUAUAACCCGAAGGGCAACCCCGCGCUCCAGGACGUCGUCAUCAAGCGCGUGCCGCUGCGAAAGAUCCGACCCGACCUCCGCGACAACGAGGAGGUCCUGACGCUGGAGUUUUGUCGUGGCGUGUGGAGCCGCUGGGGCUUUUGGGCGCAGAGCAGGUUCCACGAGCGGUACGACCACCCGCCGGGAACGGAGGACCACCUGUGGCACGUAGCGGACCUAGCCGUAGCCAAGUACGAGAAGGGCCAGAAGUUCUCGAACCACUUCGAGGUGGUGAAUCGCGAGAAGACUGAGGUGAUCGUCCGCUGCGGAGGCUCGCCGCUGCAGCCCGGCCUGCGGAACUCGGACGGCCUGGUGGUGAUCAGCGCCAAGAUCGACCCGGUCGCCCAGCAGGCCGAGUUCAGCCUCAAGUCGGCGCUGUUCAGCAGCGGCGGGACUUUCGCGGAGGGUGCCGAACACCCCAUCCCGCCGACGAUCGCGUUCCUGCACCGGUGGUAUGUCCGGAUGCUGGUGGAGAGCGCGAUGAGGGGCGUCAAGUCGUGA